UGCGCGCACGCCCCCGCCCCACUUUCCCCCUACCACUCUCCCAUCAGAGUGUUCUGCAAAAGCUCUGCAGCUCACUCUUCGUUUGACGGAGUCUUUCAAAGAAGUCUUCCCUCCAUCUUUGCUCCUCACAAAUAACUCUUUGGCUACCCCUGAACCGGUGACCCUGCAGCAGGAUGUCCUCUACCCCUGGGCCGUCUCCUCCCCUCCUCUUCACAACCCUACCCCCAUUCCACUCAGCCACCCCUGUCUUCUCAUCUGUGGAGCCCAACGCUACCACUUGCCAGGAGUGGGAGCACGCCCACCAUCUUCUCUUUCACCUGGGCAACAUGUCGCUGUUGCUGGGCCUGGUCAUCCCCACCACGCUUGGUCUGCACAUGAUCCUCCUUCGCCUUCUUCUUGUGACAGGAUGUGGAUUCUUCAUCGCCUGGGCAACUUUGUACAGGUGUAACAUGGACGUGAUGGUUUGGAACGCGGUUUUCCUGGUGGUCAACUUCAUGCACUUGAUGUUUCUCUUAUACAAACGUAGACCGAUUAAGAUCGACAGGGAUCUGAGGUCUGUGUAUAAGCGGAUGUUUGAACCCCUACAAGUGAAUGAGGCUCUAUUUCGCAGACUCACGGGCCAAUUCUGCACCAUCAAGAUUCUUACGAAAGGAGAGGCCUAUGCUGUAGAGGACAAGACCUCUGUGGAUGAACGACUAAGCAUUCUUCUCAAAGGGAAGAUGAAAGUGUCCUAUCGAGGACAUUUUCUUCACAACAUCUAUAGCAAUGCAUUUAUUGAUUCACCAGAAUUUAGAUCCACCUUAAUGCACAGAGGAGAAAAGUUCCAGGUAACCAUUGUGGCAGAGGACGACUGUAAAUUACUGUGUUGGUCUCGAGAAAGACUCACCUACUUCCUGGAGUCAGAUACAUUCCUGAAUGAGGUGUUUAGGUACCUCAUUGGUAAAGACAUUACCAACAAGCUUUACUCUCUCAAUGACCCAACACUCAGUGACAAGGCAGUAAAGAAGAUGGACCGCCAGCCCAGUCUCUCCUCCCAGCUGUCAAUGACGCAUAUGCGGAACAGCAUGGCCAGCACCAGUGACAGUGAUGAUGUUCUUAAUCAGAUCCUAAGAGGGGGUUCGACUGGAUCCUCUCUCCAAAAAUCACCAGUUCUCAAGGGUUCUUUGAAAAUGAACCCAAUUGAGGAAGGUAUGGAGGAUGACGUAUUUGUUGAUUCUCCUCUCUCCAAGUCCUGUCGUUUGUCCAGCACAUCCACUGAGGAAGUGUAACCUUGGAGAAACACACACGCACACACGCACACGCACGCACGCACAUGGAUGGACGGACGAGCAAGUGGGUGGAUGGACAGGGGGACAGGCAGUUGUUACAUUUUUGUCACAUUUGUAAACCAAUUUUAAAUGUUCACAUAUAAAGUGAAAUAAAAUGAUUCUGAUGAAA